AUGUCCCCCAAGUGCCUGUGGUUACAAACUGCGUGUUCUGAGCAAGCACAGCAGGAAGCUCCUGGAACUCUCAUCCAGGGGAGUGGGAUUCCAUGUACCAUAGAACCUAGGAUAAUCUCAGUUAUUCCUGUUGCAGGUCGGGAGUUUGUUAUUCCUUCGUUGGCACACAGAUUUGUAGCAGAGAUGGUGGAUUUUUUUAUUCUGUUCUUUAUAAAGGCAGCCAUUGUUUUAGGCAUCAUGCACCUCAGUGGAAUAAAGGACAUCUCUAAAUUUGCUAUGCAUUACAUAAUAGAAGAAAUAGAUGAAGAUACAUCCAUGGAGGAUCUUCAGAAAAUGAUGAUAGUAGCUCUUAUCUACAGAUUGUUAGUCUGCUUCUAUGAGAUUAUCUGUAUUUGGGGAGCAGGUGGAGCAACCCCAGGGAAGUUCUUGCUUGGGCUGCGAGUUGUGACCUGUGAUACCUCUGUUCUUAUUGCACCAAGUCGUGUGUUGGUGAUUCCUUCCUCCAACGUUAGUAUGACAACGUCUACCAUACGAGCUCUGAUCAAGAAUUUUUCUAUUGCUUCAUUUUUCCCUGCAUUUAUUACACUGCUGUUUUUUCAGCAUAACAGAACAGCCUACGAUAUCGUAGCAGGAACUAUUGUGGUAAGAAGAAAUGGCAUCAGAUGAUACGAAAAGAUGACAGAUAUCCAGACUGUUCUU